UCACCGAUGAACUUGAGCUCAUUCUAUCCGAAACGCUACGGACGCGACGACGGGAAUAUGUGGGGAAAUAGUCAGUUGUGGAAACUUCACAAGUCAAUCAAUUGUCCUCGGUGCCGUUAUUGUUUCGAGUUUGAGCGUGAGUCAGAAUAUCCCAGUGAUUAAUUGAAUUGAAAAACUGCAAAUCGUGGAAUUUGCCAGUUGUAACUUGUGAGUGACUUCCGUAGACUUCAAUGUGUGCAACAUGUUUAAAAUUUCGAGAAGCAUCUUCCGGCAGACGCUGGCAGCCUUUUGCUGUUCCAUCGGUCCGAUGACAGUGGGCGCAAUCGCGGGUUGGUCAGCAUCCGCUUUCCCAAAAAUCCGAAACGACGAACUCAACUUUCGGCUGACUCUUUUCCAAGAGGCAUGGGUCAUCAACACCUACUAUGUGGGCAUCAUGAUGGGCCCUCUGCUGGCCGGCAUCGCCAUGGACGCCAUCGGCAGGAAAACUACCCUCCUCCUCUUCAGCAUCUUCUCCGUCGCCAACUGGACGUUGGUCAUCCUCGCUUCGAAUGAGUACAUGCUCUAUAUCGCGCGGGUUUUCUCUGGACUCUGGGCUGGCAGCGUUUUCACCGUCUGCCCUGCUUUCCUUGCUGAGGUACUACAACCCCACGUCCGAGGCAGCCUGGGCUCUUUUUUGAUGAGCAUGUACUUCUUAGGCAACCUCUACGAAUACAUCAUCGGCCCCUACGUGUCAUACUCCACAUUCGGCAUCGCCUCCUGCAUCCCCUGCCUGAUCUUUGCCGUCGCGUUUCUCUUCAUCCCUGAAUCCCCCUACUACUACAUCAUGAAAAACCAACGCGGAAAAGCAGAGGCCUCCCUCAGCUGGCUGCGAGGCGACGUCGACGUCAACCAAGAACUCGACGCCAUCGAGACGUACGCCGUGGCGUUCAUGAGAAACCGAGGGUCAUUCAAAGACGUCUUCCUCAACGAGAACUACCGCGCGGCACUCAUCAACGUCCAGGCCAUCUACUUCCUCCAGAAGCUCUGCGGGAUGUUCACCGUGCUCGCCUACCUGACCGUCAUCAUCCCUCCAUACGUGGGUCCUUUCACGUCUGAGAACUGCACCCUUAUCGUGGGGGUCGUUCUUUGGAUCUCGACCACCCUCGCAGCUUCCCUCAUGGAUCGAAUUGGUCGGAAGAGGCUCCUCGUAAUCUCGAACGUUGGCAUCAUCGUUACGAUGACAAUUACUGGAGCUUGGUACUAUUUGGACAGUACGGAUUUGGAUCUCUCGGAGACUACUUAUGUGCCGUUUUUGGGGUUGGUGAUCUAUGGGAUUUUCUUCUGUCUCGGCCUGGGGCCUAUUCCUACCCUUUACCAAGGGGAGAUUCUGCCCUCGAACAUUAAGGCUCGCGCUUGCACGGUUACAACGAUGUGCUCGGCGUGGGCCUCUAUUUUGAACACGACUCUGUUCGCCAUUUGUAUCAGGUAUAUUGGCCUGUACAUCAACUUCUUCCUGUUCGCGGCCACCUCAGUGUUCGGAUUGUACUUCGCGAAGUACCAUUUCACAGAAACGAGCGGGAAGACGCUACAAGAGAUUCAAGAAGAACUCAUGAAAAGACGGCAUCGAGGGAAAUUCACGGAUGACAAGAAGUCCCCCGUAAAUGCAAAACCAACCAUUUACACAGUUCCGAUGCCAAAUGCAACGGAGAAGGUUGAAACCAAGAAACAUUUCGAGAAGGAUGCUAAGUGGACCGACGAAUGAUCAGUGGUGUUUUUCUGAAGUUGGCAAUACUGAGCUCCCAUAUUUUGUUCAUCCGCGUUUUCACAAUACUCUCUUUCUUCGCAGAACUGUAUGCGAAUAGUAAAUACAACCACUCAUUUAACUUACGAUUCUAUGUUUACAAUUUUGGAUAGAGUAGAAAGGAGGAACAGGCGCCGGUCAUCUGAUCCGGAAAGGAACAAAACCAGUUGCGCUGAUGACGUUCCACCGGUUGGAACGACACGCGUCGGCUUAUUAUAACAUACCUGCGUGCAAGUGGGUGAUUUUAAACACAAUUUGAAGUCUCAUCAUUGAGAGGGAAAUAGGGAGGAAAAUAGGAAAUUAUAUUUUCUAGUUACAGUUUAUGUAAAGUAAAGUGUAUGUAAAGUAAGUUAUGUACAGUAAAGUUUAUAACAAAAUGUUUUGAUACCUCAUGUCGUAUGCUGUUCAUUGAAUACAUACUUUUGUCCGUAAC